AUGAAUUUGAACAUUUACUCAGGCAGAUCAUUUUUAGUUCCUUCUCAGUAUCCACUAUUUCCUUGGAUUUUGACUGAUUUUAGUUCACCUGAAUUAGAUCUAAAUAAUCCAAGUGUUUACAGGGAUUUGUCGAAACCUGUUGGUGCAUUGACGAAAAAGAGAUUGGAUGAUAUAAUGAAAAGAUACGAAGAAAUGAAAAAUAUCGGAAUGAAACCAUAUUUUUAUGGAAAUGGUCCUGUUUUUCCUUUAAGUGUUUUCCAGUAUUUGAUAAGAAUGGAACCAUUUACUUCCAUGCACAUUCAAAUACAAGGAGGAAGAUUCGACCACGCCGCUAGAUUGUUUACAAAGAUUUCUGACACUUCGAGACAAAUUCGAGAACAAGAUGGAGAUUUCAGAGAAUUAAUUCCGGAAUUCUUCUUCAUGACAGAGUUUCUCGAAAAUACUAAUGGUUUCGAUCCAGGAAAAACUGACAAGAACCAACUAGGAGAUGUAAUUCUUCCUGAAUGGUGUCAUGAAAACAAAUUCGAGUUCAUUUACAAACACAGAAAAGCUUUGGAGUCACUUUUUGUGUCAGAAAACAUAAACCAAUGGAUUGACCUGAUUUGGGGAGUAAAACAGAAGAGUUUAGAAGACUACAAUGUCUAUAAACAAGAGAUGUAUCCAACUUACAAAACACAAAGCUAUCCAUCAAAGAAAACAAAAGAUAGAGUUGAGUUAAGAUCUUUCUUGGAUCACAUGGGUCAAAUUCCUCCUCAAAUUUUUGAUAAUUUACAUCCAAAGAGAAAACCGCUCAAACCGAAACCGACAUUGAUAACACAGAUGUUGAUUAAAGAUCAUUUGGAUCAAUUGGUUUCAGCGAAUAUCGAAAUUGUCAACGAAGAAUGUUAUUUGAGAUUUUUGACAAUUCAAAAUGAAUUUUGCGAAUUGAUUUAUGACUUAAAUCAGUUGCAAACUGAUGGUUGCUCAUCUCCUAAGUCUUUCACACAACAAAAGAUAAGUGAAGUGAUGUUGGAUGAUCCGUUACCGGUUGUUUUUGGCAGAAAAUUGAUUUAUUGUGCUGAAAAUCAACAAAAUAAAAUAAAUUUGACAAAAUUUGACAACCAAACAUUGUCAAACAUGGAAAUUCCAUCAAGGAUCAGUACAAUGACAUUAGAUGAUAAUUAUAUCAUUUGCGCAGGCGAAGACUCAAAAGUUUACAUUUCAAAAAUUGAUUCAAAGAAAAAAGGUGCCGCAAUUUCAUUUAGUGGUGAAGUAACAUGUAUUGGCUUUUCAUCAUGUUUUGAUUUAUUAGUAGGAGCAACAACGGAUUCUGCAUUGAUUUUCUGGUCACUUUCCAGACAAACAAACGCAAGAAUCGUAGAAUUGAAUCAAAUAACCGUUUUGUCUAUCAUCGUGACUCCAUCAUUUGGUUUUGUUUUAGUUCAUGCGAGAAUGGCUGUUGGUGGUGUUUUGAAGUACUCUUUGAUUCUGUUUUCUGUCAAUGGAGAGAAAAUAAGGGAAAUAGAAACAAAACAUUUGGUUUGUUUAUGUCCUUGGUCAUCGAGAGAUGGAUUUGACUAUGUUUUGUGUGCGGAUACAACAGGAAAUAUAUACAAUUUCGAAGCGUUUUGGUUGAAUUUCCCGAAAGAUCCAAUCGCUCAUUGCGGAGAUACGGUUUUGUCUAUAGGAAUGACAAAACUUGCUCCUGCUGCAAUCUCUGUAACAAAUGCAGGAAAAAUUUUCGCUUUUCCCGUCAAAAUUUGA